UUACUCGGCAAACAUGUUCGAAACGCUUAUGGACCAGUCCUAAACCAAAUAAUAAUAACUGCAGGAUGCCGGAAAACUUUUCUUUGAAGGAGACCAAGCCGAAUAUAGGUGGAGGGAGAGUUUCCGGUGGCAGGGAAAAGCUCACAUCCUCAUUCGAUCUAGUUGAAGUGACACAUUUUUUAUUUGUCAGAGUAGUGAAAGCGAGAGAUUUGGCAUGCAGCAAUGCCACUGUCGGCGGUGGCGUUUGCCACCCGUUUGUUGAAAUAAAAAUUGGAAACUAUAAGGGGAGCACCAAGUACUUGGAGAUGAAUAAACCAAACCCAGAAUGGAACCAAGUGUUUGCCUUCACAAAAGAUCGAAUUCAAUCCUUAUCCGUGGAGAUCACCGUGAGAGAAAAGGAAUUUGUAAACGAUGAGUUUAUAGGUAAGAUUGCAAUUGACAUGUCUGACAUUCCAACACGAGUUCCACCGGAUAGUCCACUCGCCCCACAGUGGUAUAAAUUGGAGGCCGAGGCCAAUUCAUCAGUUGGUGAGUUGAUGUUGAUUCUUUGGUUCGGGACACAAGCUGAUGAAGUGUUCAUUGAUGCAUGGCAUUCAGAUGUAGCCUCUGUUAGUGGUGACAGCAUUACGAAUACUCGUUCCAAGGUCUACCUUUCACCUAGACUUUGGUAUCUUAGAGUCAAUAUAAUUGAAGCACAGGAUUUGGUGGUGCCCGGAGAUAAGAAUCGGAUUCCAGAGGUUUAUGUCAAGGCUGCUCUUGGGAAUGUGAAGUUGAGGACAAGAGUUUCGGCAGACAAGUCAUUGAAUCCUAGAUGGAACGAAGAUUUGAUGUUUGUUGCAGCAGAGCCCUUCUAUGAUCAUUUGGUUCUGACCGUGGUAGAUAAAAACAAUGAGGAGGAAAUUAGCCUCGGAAGGUGCAUGGUUCAUCUAUCUGAGGCCUACAUAAGGUGGCUGCCUGAAUCUGUGAGUGCAAAAUGGUAUAAUGUAGAGGGAGGCGGAGAUGUGGUGGAGGAGCUAAAGUUUGCUAGUAAGCUUAACAUGAGAAUAUCUUUGGAUGGUGGCUAUCAUGUGUUUGAUGAAUCCGUUGAUUGUAGCAGUGAUUACCGAGCGACGUUUAAGGGGUUGUGGCCACCAGCAAUUGGUGUGUUGGAGUUGGGAAUUAUAGGUGCCAGUGUUUUGGUUCCAAUGAAGUCAAGAGAUGGACGUGAAACUACAGAUGCUUAUUGUGUGGCCAAAUAUGGACCUAAAUGGGCAAGGACAAGAACUGUAGUCAACAGCUUUUCUCCAAAAUGGAAUGAACAAUACACUUGGGAGGUUUACGAUCCGUAUACGGUCCUUAUUAUCGGAAUUUUCGAUAACUGCCACCUCAACGGAGAGAAAGGUCCAAAUCCAAAAGACCCAAGUAUUGGGAAGCUAAGGAUCCGAUUGUCCACCCUUUCGACUAAUCGGGUUUACACCUAUUCGUAUCCUCUCAUAGCACUUCAACCAAGUGGAGUUAAAAAGAUGGGAGAAAUCCAGUUGGCUUUGAGAUUUACAUCCCCAUCUUAUACAAGUUUACUAGCAGCUUAUGCACGACCUUUAUUUCCCAAAAUGCACUACAUUCACCCAUUGUCGGUAUAUCAGCUCGAUAGUUUAAGGCAACAAGCCAUUGGCAUUCUAUGUUCAAGGUUGAGCAGUGCCGAACCGCCGUUAAGGACAGAGGUUACUGGGUGCAUGUUGGAUGCUGGUUACCAAUUGUGGAGUCCCCGAAAGGCCAAAGCCAACACAGAAAGACUAAUUGAUGCAGUCCAUGUAAUCACGGAGGCAUGGAAAUGGUUUGAUACGAUAAAGAAGUGGAACAAUCCUGCAGCAAACGUUUUAGUCAUAGUGUUGUAUUUGAUUGUGGUGUUUUAUCCAAGUUUGGUACUGCCUACGUUGCUUAUCUACUGCUUUCUAAUUGGGAUUUGGCAAUACCGGAAGCGGCCACGGGAUCCAACGCACGGCGAUAUCAAACUGUCGCUGGCCGAUUCGACGAAUGCCGAGGAAUGGGACGAAGAGUUCGACACAUUCCCGUCAUCUAAACAAGGUGAUGUACUUAGAAUGAGGUAUGAUCGAUUGCGAAGCAUGGCAGGAAAGGUUAUGGUAAUGGUUGGGGACUUAGCAACUCAAGGAGAGAGGUUGACUGCUUUGUGGAGUUGGCAGGAUCCGGUAGCUAGUGCUAUAUUUCUAGCGUUUUGUGUGAUGGCUGCCGUAGUUUUUUGCAGCGGACUAGUUCCUCCGAGGUGCAUACUUGUAAUGGUGGGAUUGUUUGUGAUGAGACCUCCAAGUUUCGGCAUUGACAUUCCUUGCGCACCCCAAAACGUGUUCGGAAGAUUGCCCACAAAAACAGAUUGCAUGUUAUAAUAUAAGUAUUAAAGUAAUUAUAAGCAGCUGGAAGAUACGUUACGUAAGUAGGAUUCUGAAUUAUGUAAUAAAUAAUUAAAGAAAAUUCUGUUGAUUAUCUUUUCUUGGC